AUGACGGCCCGCCGGCUGGGGCCCGGGCCGGAGACCACGCUGGUGCAGGGGCCCGGCGUCUCCUGGAUCCACCCCGACGGGGUGGGCGUGCAGAUAGACACCAUCACCCCCGAGAUACGGGCCCUCUACAACGUGCUGGCCAAGGUGAAGCGGGAGCGCGACGAGUACAAGCGCAGGUGGGAAGAGGAGUAUACAGUGCGUGUCCAGCUUCAGGACCGAGUGGCCGAGCUGCAGGAGGAAGCCCAAGAGGCUGAAGCAUGCCAAGAGGAACUGGCUAUGAAGGUGGAGCAGCUCAAGGCAGAGCUUGUUGUCUUCAAGGGACUGAUGAGCAAUAACAUCACGGAGCUGGACACCAAGAUCCAAGAGAAGGCCAUGAAGGUGGACAUGGACAUCUGCCGGCGUAUCGACAUCACUGCCAAGCUGUGUGAUGUGGCACAGCAGCGGAACUGCGAGGACAUGAUCAAGAUGUUUCAGAAGCAGCUGUCUCUGCACUUGUCUCCCGUUAAGGUCCCAGCCUCAGUGGGGCGGAAGCGGGAACGGAAGCAGGUCAGCGACGAAGACACCUCGCUGUCAGAGAGUGAUGCCUCCCGAAAACCUGAAGAGGAAGAGGAGGAUGAGACCACAGCCAUGAGUAUCAAUGAGGAAAUGCAGAGGAUGCUAAACCAGCUGAGGGAAUACGACUUUGAAGAUGACUGUGACAGCCUUACGUGGGAGGAGACGGAGGAAACGCUGCUCCUCUGGGAGGAUUUCUCAGGAUAUGCCAUUGCAGCUGCAGAGGUGCAGGGGGAGCAGCAGGAUGACAGCCUGGAGAAGGUGAUCAAGGACACAGAGUCAUUGUUCAAGAGCCGUGAGAAGGAAUAUCAGGAAACCAUCGACCAAAUAGAGCUGGAGCUGGCCACGGCCAAGAAUGACAUGAACCGGCACCUGCACGAGUACAUGGAAAUGUGCAGCAUGAAGCGGGGUUUGGAUGUACAAAUGGAGACCUGCCGGCGACUCAUCACUCAGUCUGGGGACAGGAAGUCUCCUGCCUUCACCCCAGCCUCAAACAGUGAAUCAGCCCCGAACGAGGAGAGUGAGGAGUCUGAUCGUGACCCACCCAGUGAUGCGUCCAUCAGAUAAUUAGGGGAGGCCUUGUUUCUUCAGCCCCCCCCCUUCCUGGCAAAGGGGUGUCUGAGCCACGCCUGGGAGAGACUAAGAGGGACAUGGACCUCUGGUAAACUUCUGUCACCCAUGCGACCCCCAUUUGGGGGUGGGUGGCAGAUCACCCCCCCACCCCCCACCCUGCAACAGGCUGUCCUGUAAAUGGGAAUAGCUAGAUAGACCUGAGGGCCUAUGUCUGGUCUCCUCAUCCUCCAGCCCCCUCUCUAUUCCCUUUCCCUGCUUUGGUUUAACUGCGGUUCAGGCAGGGAGGCUCCGCAUUUACUACAGCACUGUUCUCCAGGAAUUGUCCCCAGGUCCUCCCACGCGCACCUCCUCCAGCCUCUGUCCUGGUGUACUUGAUUUGCCCCCUCCCCUCCUGCCCACUUUGUGCCGCACAGAAGCAGAACCAGAGCUGUACUUCUCUGCAAACUGGACCUGAUACUGGUGCCAACUGGACCGAGCCCUGGACUCUCUAUCCUUACUGCUCACUGAGCACGCGUGUGGUCCCUGUACCACACCACACCAGGUACCAAGAGCCUCUCCUCCUCCAGGGCAGGGACCGAGUCCUGCUCGCCAUGCACUUUGCUUUGCUGCGCGUUCGUGGUGCGUGUGUGACGCACAUGUAUGUGUUUGUUAUGGAAAUGAGGGAUCAUUAAAUGGGACAGUUACCUUUUCUACA